AUGCCCGACGACGACUCGUCUGGCACAGGUGUACAGGUCUCUCCGCCUUCCACCUCGAGCCACGAAUACCAGGACUACGGAGUUGGAGGUCCUUGGUCUCAUCUCCAGUACCCUGACGAACUAAAGCCAUCAGACUCCGCCUCGCGACCUCGCACCUCAAACAGACUGCGCGAACCCGUCGAUCCUCGGCCAUCUCGCCAUCGUUCUUCGAGGCGGCACCAUCAUCACCAGCAACCCCGUGCGCAUACACACGCGCACCAACAUCCUCACCCCCAGGUCCAACAAGUCCACGCGGUGCCUUCCCACAGGUCAAGACGACCUCUCGCCCGAGCGGCGCCUCCACAGCCGCCUCCGGUCCCCGUAUCUCCUGAACCAGACUCCUCCGAAGAGGAAGAGGAGGACGAAGAGGAGGACGAAGAAGACGACGAAGAGGAGGACGAGGACGACUAUCUAGACUACGCUCCAAAUCCGGCAGACAGACGCUUCUGGCCAACUCCACCAACCCAGGGUCCAGCCUCGUCUGCUCCGUCGUUCAACCCUUAUCCUCCGCACCAGCACCCUCCAGCACCCCCAUCCUUCCCCCAGCCGCAACAUGCUAAUGCUGCUCAUCCUGGAGUACCUUCAAAUCAGCUUGUUCAAUUGGGAUCUAUGGGACAUCAGAACCCUAUAGGAGGACACAUGGGUCAAUACUCGCAUCAGCAAUACCCCUACGGGGGGCACUAUCCGCCUCCCCCGCAGGGACACCAUCAACAACUACCUCACGGAUACUACACUGGUCCAGAUGGACUGCCACACCCACACCAUCCGCAUGCCGGUCAGCGCAUGCCACUUCAUCACCCACACCACCCACCGCAUCACCCGCAUGCUCACCUUCCCCGGCACCGUUCACGCAGCGGCUCCCCAGACGAUGAAGAGGACUCGCCAAAGCCCACCAUGGCUCACCCGGUCAUGAGCCACCCACCGUCUUUUCCCGGCACACCGCCUUAUAUGUCUCCGGAAAUGGUACCGUACGGCUAUCCACACGCUCUUCCCCACCACCCCAUGCUACCCGGAGCCGGACACCCACAUGCUCAGGCCCAGGCUCAAGCACAGGCUGCUGCGGCGGCGGCUGCUUACUACCAAUAUAUCCAGCGGGUCGCGAACCGAGCCCGGCUAAGAAAGAGAAGAGUCGGAGUCCAUCUCCGCCCAAGUCGCCACCUCCUCCUCCGCCGCCUCCAGCUCCCGCUGAGCCCCCCACCCCCGGAUCCAAAGGAUGAAGCAAUCGCUCGACUUGAGAAGUUAAUCAUUGAAGAACGAAAGGAACGGGAAGAGCGCGAUGCUGCUCGCGAAGCUGCCAUCAAGAAAGCAGCCGCUGACAAAGCAGCAGCUGAAGCUCUAGCCGCCAAAGAGAAGAAAAUUGCUGCCGAUGCUGCCGCUGCCGCCACUGCUGCUGCAAAGGAAGAAGCCAGAAUCGAAGCAGAAAAGGCCGCUGCCGCUGCCGCCGCUAAAGCUAAAAAGGAUGCUGAAGAAGCUGCUGCUGCUGCAAAGAAAGAGGCUGAGGAGGCUGCUGCCAUUGCGCUGGCGGAGGCUACAGCCGCUGCCGCUGCGGCGGGGGAUGCCAAGGCUGCAGAAGCAGCUGCAGCAGCAACAGAGGCUGCCCUGAAAAAGCCACCGCCGCCAAAGAAGCCCGUUCAAUUCAAAGAUGCUAUAGGCAGGAAAUUCAAGUUCCCCUUUGCCCUCUGCAAAACAUGGCAGGGUAUGGAAGAACUCAUCCGCCAGGCCUUCCUGCAUGUUGACUUGAUCGGUGAACAUGUCCUGAAUGGACACUACGACCUAGUCGGUCCCAACGGAGACAUUAUCCUCCCACAAGUCUGGGACACUGUUGUCGAGCCCGACUGGUCAGUUAGCAUGCAUAUGUGGCCUAUACCCGAGAAACCCAAGGAGCCGGAACCCGCACCACCACCUCCUCCCCCCCCAGAGGAAGAACCCCCCGUUGCGGUGGUGGAUGUUCCAGCUCCUCCACCGCCUCCACCUGCACCGAAGAAGGUGGUACGUCCUGGCGCACCAGGAGGGUUCGCCAAAUGGAUGACAGGAGGAAAAGUCAAGCCUAGACCAAACCCGAAGGCUGCUAAGAAGGCUGAUGCUGGUGGUACGCCUCCUCCACCUCCACCACCGCCUCCUCCUCCACCAUAG